CAGAGGAUUUAUUUUCAACACAACCCAAACCACGAGGUAGCCUCUGUUGGCCUAUUUCCUGCAAAGAUGAGUCCAACACAGUGGGACCUGCCCCCAGAGCUGUGUUGCCGACCAAUGGCUUUCGUGGCACUGACAGGCCUGGAUGUGGUCUAUAAUGCCAUCCAUAGGGCAAUUUGGGAUGCCUUCUGUGCCAACCGGCGGGCAGACAGAGUCCCCAUCUCCUUCAAGGUUUUACCUGGAGACCAUGAAUAUCCAAAAUGCAGAACAAAGAGAACAUCCUAUGAGUGGUACAUUCCUAAAGGCAUUCUGAAGACUGGCUGGAUGAAUAAACAUCUCAACCUGGUGCCAGCUCUAGUCGUGUUGUUCUAUGAACUUGACUGGGAUGAUCCCCAGUGGAAGGAGAAGCAAUCUGAAUGUGCCACUAAAGUGGAGAUAGUCAGGACCAGUUUGCAAGGAAGAAACACUAAGGUCGCUGUUGUCUUAAUUCAGAAGAAAACACCUCUUCCUCCAGGUGAGGAUCUUGUAGCCUCAGAGAGAGCUUCAGCCCUGUGUAAUGCCUGUGACCUCUCUGGAAAGUCUCUGUUUGUCCUCCCACACACUGAUCACUUAGUGGGCUACAUCAUCAGGCUGGAGAAUGCAUUUUAUGAGCAUGCCCAGACAUAUUACUACAAUGAGAUACGGAGAGUAAAAUCUCACAAAGAGUUUCUCAACAAAACCACUCACCAGUUGCUGUUUGUAAGACACCAGUUUAAGAUUGCCUUCUUCAGUGAGUUAAAGCAGGACACGCAGAAUGCACUGAAACAUUACAGAACAGCCUACAGUCUGGUACACGAGCUCAGAGCCCAUGAGACCAAUAUGUUAGAGAUCAAGACCAUGGCAGGAUUCAUCAACUACAAGGUCUGCAGGCUUUGCUUCCAGCACAACACUCCACUGGACGCCAUUGCCCAGUUUAGGAAACACAUCGACCUGUGUAAGAAGAAGAUCGGCAGUGCUGAGCUGGCUUUCGAACACACAGCCUGGAUGUCUAAGCAGUUCCAGUCGUUCGGUGAUCUGUUUGAUGAAGCCAUUAAACUGGGUCUCACUGCCAUUCAGACACAGAACCCUGGCUUCUACUACCAGCAGGCGGCGUACUACGCCCAGGAACGAAAGCAACAGGCAGCCCACCUGUGCAACCACGAGCAGAGUACGAGCUACCCCUCCCCUGAUCCUCUGGAGACCCCGUCUGGAGCUCUAGACUUCUAUGGUCAGAGAGCGUGGAGGCAGGGACAUCAGAGUAUUGACCCCCCUGACCCAGAGAGGGAGAAAGCAGGCAUUCUCGCUCUCCAAGUGAAGGAGAAAGGCGUGUUGCAUUCGGAGCUAAUCAUUGCCUUGCUUAGCAACGCUGUGGCCCAGUUUAAGAAGUACAAGUGUCCUCGCAUGAAAAGCCAUCUGAUGGUUCAGAUGGGAGAGGAGUACUACCAUGCCAAGGACUACAAUAAAGCUUUGAAAUUGCUAGACUAUGUGAUGUGUGAGUACCGCACAGAACGCUGGUGGACCCUGCUCACCUCUAUUCUGAGCACUGCUCUGAAGUGCUCCUACCUGAUGGGCUACAUCAAAGACUACAUCACCUACUCCAUGGAGCUGGUGGGCAGAGCAUCUACACUUCGUGAGGAACAGAAGUCCAGGAUUGAGAAGAAUUUAAUUAAAGUGCUUAUGAACGAAGCGCCGGAGCCGGAGCCGGACUGUGACCCAGCCUCAGUCAAAGCUGCACAGGCCCAUUGGAUCGACCGUGGCUCUCUGGAUAAAGACAACCUGUUCACCAUCGAGGUUCAGGACUACAUUCCCUUUGUUCAGUGCAAGGCUAAGUUUCUGUCACCCAGUUUUCAUGUGGACGACCCUGUUCAGCUGCAUGUCUAUCUAAAGGCUGACUGUCCCCAUCCCGUUCGCUUCUCUAAGCUGUGUGUCAGCCUCAGUAACCAGGAAUAUAAUCAGUACUGCCAUGUGGAGGAACCAUGCAAGGCAAAAGACAUCCUUGAGCCCUCCAGUCAGGCAAACAUGUGCUUAAUCCCAGGAAAGACGCGUAAAUACUGCUUCACGUUUGUGGCCAAGACAGAAGACGUUGGAAAAAAGAUAGAGAUCACGGCUGUCGACCUGAUGCUGGGCAGCGAGAGUGGACGCUGUGUCUACCUCAACUGGCGAGGAGGUGGAGGAGAUGCAGCCUCCGCCCAUGAGGCUGUGCAGGCGGCGCGCUCCUUUAAGAGGAGAACCCGUCUCCCAGAGCAACAAGUGGACUGGGACACAGUGUCUAUUCAAACCAGCACUAUGAUAAUCUCUCGAGUUCCCAGAAUCUCUGUGCAGCUGCAUCACGAUCCUCCGGCGCUCACUAACGAAAUGUACUGCAUUACCGUCACCAUCCAAUCAGAAGAGGACACAGUCGCCAGAGACGUGAAGGUGACAGCCGGACUCAAACCGGGUCAAGAUGCAAACCUCACACAGACGACCCACGUCACCCUGAGCAGCACGGAGGUGUGUGACGACACCCAUCCCGCCCUGCUUACAGAUAUUCCCAUAGGGGAUUUGCAGCCUAGAGAGAAGAUCGAGAGGUCGUUUUAUGUUCGAUGUGUCAGCACUGGGUCACGAAUAUUCCUCUUCCAUGUCUCUUACGCCAUGAGCACCACAGUCGAAGGAAAAGAAAUUACCUGCAAGUGUCAUAAAGAUGAGACAGUUACCAUAGAAACAGUUACUCCAUUUGAAGUUGCUUUCAAGUUUGUCUCCAUAAAGUUUGAGAAUCUGGACAGAGUGUAUGUAGACAUCCCUUUCCUGUUGAUGAUGGACAUCCUGAGUAUGUCUCCAUGGCCACUGCACCUGGUGUCCAGUCAACUGCAACUGGCUCCUACAAUGACUGCCAUUGACCGGCCGCAGUCCCAGGUGGAAGGAGUGGUCCUUCAGACUAGUGAAUGUGCUAGUGAAUGCUUCUGUCUCAAAUGUCCUCCUGUCCUCAAUGGGACCAGCACAGUAGCCUCUGGACAGUACAUCAUCUCCUGGAAGAGGAAAUCUGCACAUGCUGAAACACCAGUGGUUAACUCGGUCAUCAUUCUGCCUCAUGUUGUUGUUGAGGCCAUUCCUCUGUAUGUUCACGCUGAGUUGCCCUCAUAUGGCCGUGUUCGUGAGUCACUGCCUGUGCGGUACCACAUAGAGAACCGCACAGGGCUCGUUCAAGAAGUUGAGAUGUCUGUGGAACCCAGCGAUGCCUUCAUGUUCUCUGGUCUUAAACAGGUAAGGCUGAGGAUAUUACCGGGGACGGAACAGGAGAUGCUGUACAACUUUUACCCGCUCAUGGCUGGCUAUCAGACGCUGCCACAGCUGAACAUCAACCUGCUACGCUUCCCGAAUGUCUCCAGUCAGCUGCUGAGGCGUUUUCUACCCGCACGCAUUUUCGUCAAGCCCCAGGGAAGACAAGCUGACGCCUCAAUCGCAGCAGCAUAAAAAAAAAAACGCUUUGGCUUACCUCAAGUACGCUGUGUCUGUUGCACCUGAAGAAAGGAGUCUAACAUUCCUGUUGUCUUUUUAUGUAUACUGGAAAUCUAGGUGAAAAAGGUUUACAAUGUAUUGAUGUUAUGUCACAUACUUAGAAUGAUGUAAUAUGGAGUUGAUACAUCCUGUUCAAAUUUAAUGGUUUUGAGUGACUGCCCCAAGUGUAGCCAUUGUUUCCAAAUCUGAUAUCUGAUUUUUUUUUUUUCUUUUUUUUUUUUAACCAUUCAGCCGAUGCCUUUAGUUGCAUAACUAGCAUUAUUUUCAUCCAUCUUGAAACUAAAACUUUUUAACAUGGUCAAAUUUAUUAAGCCUAAAAUAUCAACAUCAAAUAAUCACUAAAUUAUUGUAUCACCAAA